UCAUAGGUUGCCUAUUCAAAGCGAUAGAUCUGAAAUAACAAAGCUCCAUUUCAAUAUAAAAGCAGAACAAAGCUCUCUUCUUUUUUUCUUAUUAAUUCUUCAUAUUUCGUAUAGUUCAUCAUGUCUCUUACUGAAAAGGCUACUUUUGCUGCUGGUUGUUUCUGGGGUGUUGAGCAUAUCUUUAACAAACAUCACAAGAAAGAUGGUAUAACCACAAGAGUUGGCUAUAUUGGUGGUGAACUUGACAAUCCAGACUACCAACAGGUUAAGACUGGCACCACAAACCACGCUGAAGCUUGUGAAGUCACUUUUGAUCCAACAAAAAUAAGCUAUGAGACAUUGGUUGAAUUCUUUUACAAGUUACAUGACCCUACUACCGAAAAUUAUCAAGGACCUGAUAUCGGUACACAAUACCGUUCUGCCAUUUUCUAUCACAAUGACGAGCAAAAAGCAAUUGCUGAAAGAGUCACUAAAGAAGUGCAAGAAAAACAUUACCCAAAUGCCCGUAUUGUUACCAAGAUUGAACCCGCUACCAAGUUCUAUGAUGCUGAAGAAUACCAUCAAUUUUAUUUGGAAAAGAACCCUGAGGGAUAUGCUUGUCCCACUCAUUACCUUCGCUGGUAAAAAAAAAAAAAAAAAAA